AUGCACUUAAGGCCAAACUUCGUUCCCGUGCUCGAUGGGUGGGUCGGCAGUCAGCUCCCUUUUGCCUUUAGCACUCGAGGUGCCAAUCUCCGUCCGGGCCGAGGAAACCUUUGCACGCCUCCGUUACCUUUAGAGGCCUACGCCCCAAGAAACUGUCUACGCGGAGACUGUCCCGUUGCCCGUAGGGUUCCUGACACGAAAGUUAGAAUUCUAGCUCUCCAGGAUGUAUCUGCACUGAUGGCUCGGACCCCCCCGGAAGCGGCCGUUCUUCGCCUUCCACCUAAAAGGCUGCCAGAAAGGCCCAAAGCCAAUCCCAGGGAACAUGGAAGCUUUCAUUUAGGUCUUUCUGUCCAGGUGCAUAGUCCGGCAUCGUCAAAACAGAACAUUCUAGUGUUCAGCCGAGCUUCUCUCCGAGACAGUCCCAGAUCGUUACGCCUUUCGUCGGGUCGAACUUACCCGACAAGGAAUUUCGCGUACCUUAGGACCGUUAUAGUUACGGCCGCCGUUUCACGGCUUCGGUCCCGGCUCCCCUUCAUCAGGUCAACCAACUGUCCGUUGACCUGUCCGGCCACUGGGCAGGCGUCCAGCCCCCAUACUUGGUCAUUACACUUUUGCGGAGACCGCGUGUUUUGGUAA